AAAAGUAGUCAAAAAUAUAAAUAGUAAAGUAGAAAUACCCCCAAGAAACUACUUAAGUAACGUUAGUACUUUAAAGGAUUUACUUUACACCAGUGAUAGAUUAUGACUGACUGGCUGGCAUGGCUCACUUCAGAGUACAGGCUCAAUUUCGAGCAAGCAUUAUGUUAGUCAAAACCUGGGUCCUUUAUCAUCACAUUUUGAAACCGUCGUGGUGAGGACAGGAGGAGAUCAAGGAGGUAGCCUAGCUGAAGCAUGGAGGCGGUUCUGAGAGGGCUGAGAGGGCUGAGUGCAGAUGAGCUGCGAGAGGAGUUCACCAGGGCCGACCUCAAGUGCGGCCCAAUCACGGCCACCACUCGCGCCAUCUUCGAGAGGAAGUUGGCCCGCGUCUUGACAGAAGCCGAGGGCAGCAGCAGCGCCACAGACACGGACAGUAGCAGUAAUGCCACCACCACAGGCCCAGGCAGCAGUGCAAAUGCAGCCAGUGCAACAGGGCAGGCCAAACCGGUGCCAUCAUGUGCCACAACAUCGACACCGACUGGCACUGACUCUCUUAAGGUUGUCAGUGAUGAGGUGGAUUUUGGUUACGGAAUGGGGCUCAAUCCCCCAGAGGAAGAGGAACUUGGCCUCACAGUAAAGUCAAGGACCCCUUGUAAUAUCGGUGUGGAAGACCCUGGCUCUCAGUCUAAAGCAGAGACUCCUUCAAAGACAGCACAAAUGUCACCAACGUUCUUCUAUGGAGUGUGUCCGUUGUGGGAUGAUGUCUUGGCUACAAAUGAGAGGUCCCAUGUGUAUGGAGAUAAGAAGGAGGCUCUUCAGGCUGUGAAGAUGAUGAAAGGAGCUCGCUUUAAAGCCUUCUCCAAUCGAGAGGAUGCUGAGAAAUUUGCCAAAGGGAUCAGUGACUACUACCCCUCUCCCAGUAAAUUUGCCCCCUGUGUCUCCCCUGUCGUACCAGGCCUGGUCUUCUGUAAGGACAACGUCCCUGUCGUGGAGGUAGACACCAUCAACAGGGAGAGGGCCAACAGCUUCAAAAGCCCCCGCUGCCAGGACCUGACAGCCAAACUGAGGAAAGCUGUGGAGAAGGGGGAUGUGGUGGCCUUCAGUGAGCUGGUCUGGAGCAACCCACGCUAUCUCAUCGGCUCUGGAGACAACCCCACCGUAGUGCAGGAGGGAUGCAGGUACAACGUGAUGCACGUGGCAGCCAAGGAGAACGAGCCAGGGAUCGCCCAGCUCCUGCUGGAGACCCUGGAGAACCCGGACUUCAUGAGGCUCAUGUACCCUGAUGACCUGGAGGCCAUGAUGCAGAAACGCAUCCGCUACAUUGUGGACCUUUACCUCAACACUCCAGACAAAGCUGGCUUUGAGACACCACUCCACUUUGCCUGUAAGUUCGGGUGUCCAGAAGUGGUGAAUGUCCUGUGUUCACAUCCUGAUACAGAUAAAAACUGCAAAAACAAGUACGACCAGAAGCCAUCUGAUGUUAUUUGUGAAAGAAAAAACAAAACCCAAGAGGUGAAACAGAAGAUAUGUGACUAUUUGGAAGAUCGCUGUUAUAUACGCCUACUGAGGGCCAUAGACAACUCAUCCCAGCCUGUCAUUGAUGCUCCCUGGUCACCUGAGCCAUCAGAAACUCUUCCUCGUUCGCUGGCUCCCAGGCUCACACGAAGUCCCAUGGAUCCGGUGAUGGCAGUCAGGGCAUUCGCUGGCCCACUCAGCCCAUCGAAGGCAGAUGAGUUCCGUCGGGUGUGGAAGACGCCCCCCCGAGACAGGGCAGGGUACUUCCAGCACAUCCUGAAGUCUGACCCUGACCGUGGAGCAGAGAGAGUGGGCAGAGACCUUGCCAGGGAGUUGGGCCACCCCUGGGCUGAGUACUGGGACUUCCUGGAUAGUUUCACAGACCUGUCGUCUGCAGACGGCCUCCAUAAGCUGGAGGAGUACCUCACCAAGAAGGACUUCAGUCAGCGUGCACACGAAGAGGCAGGGGAGAACGUCACCAGCAACCGCUUCAGAACCCCUUCCCCAGGGAAGCCCAAGAAGUUCUGCAACUCCAUCUCAGUGGGGGCCUUCCUGGACGAGGGUGAUGACAUCAGCCUGGAGGAGAUAAAGAACCGUCAGAAUGCGGCGCUCACCAGCUUCACCUCAGCGUGUUCUAAGGACAGUCUGGCGGGCGCUGUGGGUGGGCUGGCUCUCCAUGAGUUCCACAUCCUGCCCGUGUCCCACCACGGCGCCGAUGACCUCAUCGAGACAGCUGCCGAGCGAGACCUUCUGUGCUCCUCCGUGUCAGAGAGCCUCCUCUCGCCCGUCUGCAACAACGGCCUUUGUCCCUCCACGGGGGCAGACAGGACUCACAACGGGGACAAGGGGUCCCCCCACACCUCCUUGUCCCCCUCCCACCUGCUGUCGCCCAUCUCCAACCUGAUGGUAGAGUUUGAGAGGAUGUCCCUGCAGGACGGGCUGGACAGCCUUACCAGGGAGCGGAGGAGUAGCGGGGGACACAGGGAGGGACUCUCCCGGGGCGAACUGGCAGCUGGGGUGGGCCGCCUCACGCUGGGGGGUAACAACAACGAGGACUAUUUGUUUGAGAGGGGCUGUAGCUUGGAGCCUGGGGACAGGGAGAGGCGUGUGGGGGAGGGAGAGGUGGAAGACUGGGCCAGUGGUGGAAGCGGCAGCUCGGAGGAGUACUUUACGGCUGAGGAGAGCUUGGAGGCUCUGGGCCAGAGGACUAGCGGGCCAGGGACGGUGUCGGGGCGCACGCUCUGCUCCAGAUCUAAGUCGUGGGAUCACGGGGGGAGGGAUCUGAGCAGCUCCGGAUCAUCCAGCUCCUAUACAUCCCUGGACAACUCUCAUGAGUUCCUAGCACGGACCCCACCUCGCUUCAGAAGGGGACUUUUCAUUGAAGGGGAUUCGCCAACUAAGUUGGACAGAGAAGUCCUGUCCGCAAUAGAAGUCAUAGACAUUGACCCCUCAAAGUUCCCCAGCAUUCAGAAAUGGAAAAGUACAAUGCAAACAUACACCUCUUCAGACAUGCAAAGCUGGCCCAGCCCUGUGGCGGUAAAAAGCAGCGCCAGGGUACAUCGGGCCUCUCCCCUCACACAUGGCUCUCCUGUCAGCAGCCUUUUGUCCCCUGCCGGUGGCCGCUUCAGUCCAGCCCGGCACACAGGCUCUCCAGACUUCACCAGCCGCUACAGCCCUGCACACGCCAGCUACACCCAGCGCAUCCGCCUCAGGCACAUCAACGACACCCCCCCCCUCCCUCCAGGCCAGAAACGAUAGGCUACAACUCUGCCACCACGGUGGUUAAAUAUGCCAGAGCUGAAAAUCACGUACCUAACAAAAUAUGCACAAGUGUCUUGAAGAUUUGUAUUAGUGAUGUAUGGUAAUACUAUAUAUAGCAUACAUGAGAUUCUCAGUAUGUUGGGUUGUGACAUACUCACUUUUUUUUUUUUUUUAAGAAACAGGUUUCCUUCAGUCUGUACUACAUACUGUAUGAGUGUUGAAUAGACAUGAAUUUUAUUCAUAGUGUGAAACACCUGUAUCAUAGCUCAGUCUACUUUGAAUACAGCUGCACUCCCCAAAAGAUUGAGUAGAUGUUUGUUAAACCUCAGAAUAUAAUCCUCGAUAGGAUUCACUAACUGAAAAGAUGUUUUUAAAAAGUAAAAAACAAAAACAAUUGUAGAGUUAUUUUUGGUAUGUCAGUAAGUAGCACAAAACCAACUUUUUAUUGUGUGUAUUAAACCAACUGCCAGUGAUUUUUGUUUCUUCUCAGUUCGGGAAUUGCCUUAAUUGUCAGAAACGGUGGACCAGUCAGUCCCCAAUCAGAUUUAGGCACAUCCUGUCCAGUUUGAUCAAAAUUGAUGCAUCCUGACACACAACAGCAUAGCAACUGCCAUCCUACUGCAGGUGGCACAACAAAUGGCUGCAAUGCAAACAUGGGGAAAAUGAUCAUAAGUUUUUCCAUGCUUUUAUUUUGUUAUUUAAUAAAUUGAAAUGUUUUCAUUUUCCAGGUAACAAUGUUUCUUUGUGCAUCCUGGUCAUUUCUGUGUUGUCUUGACAUUUUACUUCUCUAACGACUGUCAGUCUUACACAAAACCUGAAAGCUUAACUUCUUGAAAGCUUGGCUUAUCUAAAUGUGUCUGAAGAAUACCAAGUUGUACAUAACAGAUUACUGUAGAGUGCAACAAAGACAUGUUUACUAAUGUAUAAUCAAUGGCUGACUGAAUAUGUAUGUGCAAGAACCUGCAAUAGCCAAACUCUAGGAAGAUUGCUAUCGCCGUUAAAAUAGUUGAUGUACAAACUCCUGUAAAAUGUAUGGUUUUCCAGCAAAGCUAAUCUAGAAGUCAACAGCUGUCAAUUCAAUAGAUAUCACCCCUACUAUAUUGUCAGUCUGGGUCAGUAUGAGAGACGUGAGUAAUAUUGAAUGUGAAUUUAAAUCUUGAUCAAAGGUACAAACUUUCAUGGAGAGGAUUGUAAUUGUCUGUCGUACUUGUGCUUACAGGUGACAGAUUAGAUUCUGUUUUAUGAACGUGGUGUUCUGUAAAUUGCACCUAAAUACUUAAACAUGCUUGUUGUGCUUUGGCAUUCUGUGCUUAAUUUUAAAGGCAUAAAGUUUACCUUUAUCGCAAAUUUUCCCCUCUUCUGUAUGUCCAGAUCUUCUCAUUUGUGUUCGACUAAUAAAUACAAGUUUCCUCA